AUGAACCCGUACCGACAACCUGCUGCUCCACUUGUUCCGUUGGUAAACGGGUACAUCAACACAUCAAUCCUGUCUUCACAGGGCCAGUCUCUUUCCGGAUGGUUCUACGAGCUCGUGCGAAAGCAAGGAUGGGAUGCUGGCCUAGUCAAGAAGAUAUGGCAGUGGACGUUGUCGAACCCUAGGCUGGCAAUCCUCUUGUUUGUCUGCGACGAUGUUGCCUCGUGGCGUCAGGCAUCUUUCUUUGACCUUCGAGACGAAAGUUUGCCAUUCCCGGAGGACCGUCUUCAAGGCAUCGUGGGAAAUGCGCGAAAGGUCGUCGACGAACAAUGGCGUGCCACAUCCAAGGAGUUACCAUUGACGGGAGCACAUGUCGACUACACCGCACGCGAAACAGUGCCACUACAGCACGUCAGUCUCAUUCGAUCAUCGCGCAAUUCUGAGAAAAGCGUCGACUGGGUUAAGAUGCAAGGUAGCAGCGAGGAUCGUGUGCUCGUGCGAAAGCGCUUUGUCACUGCUCGCUCCGCUCAAAAAGCUGCGCUGUUAGAUCAGAUCAACAAGUUCAAGCAGUAUGAGCACAAGAACAUUGCGAAGUUACUUUGCUCAUAUGCCCAGCCCAGUCAUGUUGGCAUCAUCACGGAAAAAGCACAAUACACUCUGGACGACUUCCUUGCGCUGCCUGGAACAGACCCAAACCGCUCGAAAUUGCUGGUGGACUGGAUGGGCGACUUGUCCUCUGCUCUUGAACAUCUCCAUUCACAGUCCAUCUGCCAUCGAAGCAUUCGGCCUCGCAAGAUCUUGAUUGAUGGCGCUCGCAUUCUACUUGCUCCAUUCGACAUUGGGCAGAGCAUCGACACAUUCAGCCCGACAAUGGCGAACUCCCAACGCCUGGACCAACUACACACAUACUUCCAAGAUCAAUCCUACGUCUACGCUGCACCUGAGGCUAUUGUCUCACGCGGUAAGAGAAUGGCAGACGUUUUCUCGCUGGGUUGUGUGUUCUUGUCGAUGAUGACAGUCGCACAAGGCCAGUCACUAUCAGUGUUUGCACAGUACCGGGCUGCGAACACCCAGGACGCCUCAUACCAUGCACAUCUCGACCGGGUAGCAAGUUGGCGAAACCGGCUCCACGCUGCCACCACCUCGAACCUCCGAAACGGACUCAUCGGGUCUGGAAGGAAGCUGAGGCAGCUGAAAGCGGAAGCCGACUGGCUGACCAUUAUUGAGAAGAUGCUCCUACCGGGACCGAAAGAGAGGAUCAAGAUGCGCUUUGUGCUGGCCAGCCUAAACAGCGGCAAAGCUACAGGCGGAAGACGACGUAGCUUGGACGGCGGCGGUUACAGUGGACAGGCAGCAGCAUCGCUCGGCGUCAACGGUGCAACAACCGCGACGCUGGUCGACAUCUCGGAACAUCACGCGCCACGUAAACCGGAGCUAAGCGUCUUCGAUGGUUAUUUCCAGACGCAGACCCGCAGGUUAGAACCAGCGGGUGGUUGGUAA